AUGUCAGCUCCGACUACAUCAGUAUCCCCAUCCAGUGCAAGUCUACUCGCCCUCUUGAAGAAUAAGAGAUUCGACCCUUCGAAGGCAUACAUCGACGAGCGAACUUUUGACUUUGACGAAGCCACCAUUGGUGCUGUUAGUCGAGCUAGUACAUACUUUCAAGAAGGAUCUAGCGAGGCCAAAUUAUUGAGUAAUAUCGCUGGACAACAUUCUUCGAUCUUGACCUUACCGGACAAAGACCUGUACGACUUGAGAGGAAGUAUCACUAUGGGCGCAGCCGAAUCGAAAGUCCAGCCUUCAUCUAGAACUGCAAGUAUCAUACCGUCCAAGGAGGAUUUCCAAGCUGUUAUAAAAUGUAUCGAUGCUUUGCUUUCUGGUUCUGAAGGUGAAGAUAUCAAUAAGAGAGUUAAUGAUGAUCCGACUACGAUGCGACCGACAUUUUGA